AUGUUUGUUGGAGGAACUGACACAACAUCAGCAACAUUAGAAUGGACAAUGUCAGAGCUAUUGAGACAUCCAUCCAUAAUGAAUAAAGCGCAAGAAGAAGUAAGAAGAAUUGUAAGCAAUAAAUUCAAAGUUGAAGAAAGCGACAUAAAUCAAAUGCACUAUUUAAAAUGUGUAGUGAAGGAAAUUUUAAGGUUACAUCCAGCUACUCCUCUAAUGGCUCCUCGAGAAACAAUAUCAAGUGUGAAUCUAAAAGGGUAUGACAUUCCUGAAAAAACAAUGGUGUAUGUAAACAAUUGGGCAAUACAAAGAGACCCUAAAAAUUGGGAAAAUCCUGAAGAGUUCAUUCCAGAGAGAUUUGAAUAUAGCCAAGUUGAUUUUAGAGGUCAAGAUUUUCAGUUCAUUCCUUUUGGUUUUGGGAGAAGGGGAUGUCCUGGAAUGAAUUAUGGAAUAACUGCUGUUGAAUAUAUACUUGCUAACAUUCUUUAUUGGUUUGAUUGGGAAACAAAUUCGGGUAAACAAGAUAUAAAUAUGAGCGAAGUGUUUGGACUUGUUGUAUCAAUGAAAGAACCGCUUCACCUUAAACCAAUAGCAUUUUCAUUUUAA